AUGGACGAUGAUUAUGUUCAUUUUUCUCCAAUAGUAUCAACUCGUGCUAAAGCAAAAUGUACACCCAAGACCAGUCCAAAAAAGUUAACAUUCACUGGCAACUUCACACCACAAAACCAGAACUUUUAUAUAUCUGAAGAGGAAAAGAAUAGCUUACGCUUGGACAUUUUAAAUACUGUGAUGGAAAGGACUGAGUCUCAAAUGCAACGGCGGAGGGGUAUUGAGAAUUUGCCCAAUAGCAAUCCUUUAUAUGAGGACCCAAGGGAUUUAAUAGUGGAAAGACCAGCAAAGCCUCCCAGAAAACGCAAUAUACAUGGAGCUGUGGCUAACAAAACACAAACAGGCAAAGAUGGCAAACAUUUGCUACGGGAGCAGAAAAAGAAACUCAGUAAGAAGUAUGAGCGUCUUAUAACAGCUCUGAUGGAUAGAUGUGAAGAGAAUGUUGUAGCGAUGACGGAGAAAGACGCGCACAUAGCAAAGUUGAAAGAGAAGCUCAAAACAAUACUGGAAUAUAACAAGUUAUUCGCGACCGAGAGCGAUCGUCUCAAGUGCGAGCACGCCACGCUGGUGAAGUACGCGGAGGAGUGCAAGCGGGUGAUAAAAGAGGAGAGGCAGUUGAACGCGGAUCUAGAGGGCAGAUGUAGGAAUUUGGAGGGGAGAGUCAAACAGUUCGAAAUACCAGAUAAAGAGCAACGGGAACCACCUGCGGUGGUGCCGCUCGUGGAGUUCUGCAUGAGCUGCAGCAGCAGGCAGAUUGUUCUGAACCAGGCCCGUGAGCAGAACUGCAGGCUGCAGAAGGACAUGCAAGCGCUCAAAGACGUUCUGUACAGGCUCAACGUACAGCUGUCCCGCUAUCAGGAGAAACUGCGCAGCAACUUGCCCACAUUGACCGCGGAGGGCAAGGCGGCGGACAAGCUCGAAUGUCUGGACUCGCUUAUCAACGCGAGUUUGGGUCAUAGACGGGAAUCUGCAAGCGGCGAUGGAUGCACUUCGAAGGCAGAUGGUGAAGGCCAGACGAGGGUGGUCGACCUAUCAGGGCUUUUGAGUGCACAAGCACUUGCACCGCUCUUCGACGCCUACCAAGAGAAUCUCCAAGAAAAGGACAGCCUAAUAGCCGACUACGAGAGACAGUUCGAGAAUAUGAACAAGAAAUCCAAGCAAAUCAUAGACGAUAACAAAUCGUUGAGCGAGAAGUUGGAGGCGUUAGAGAACGAGCUGGCGCAAGUGAGACAGAGCUACAAGAAGAUCGUAGUCGAGAGGGAGACGGCAGACAUAGAGAAGGCGACACUAGCAGAAAGGGCGGAGCGGGCAGAGUCGAAGCUGAAGGAAGUAUACGAGUUGUAUGAAGAUAAAAUGGCGGCCAUGAUGCGCGACUACGAGACGGUGCAUCGGGAAUACUAUGCGGUGAAGAACGCUCUGGAAGCUUCCGCGGGGAAGAUAACGCAGCUGGACGCUCUGCGGGCCAGGACCGUGCCGGCGGACCUGCACGAACGCCGGUUGGAGCAUUGCAAACGACUACUGGAGGAGCUCAAACAUCAGUACUCUAUGGAAAACGAACGCAAGACUGAGCAGUUGAACAAGCUUCAAGAGGAUCACAGGAACACAGAAGAUAGGUACAAGAAGAUUUGUCAGGAGCACGAAGCCGUGAAAGAAGAAUUGAGGGCCGCUUUGAAGAAUGUCAAACAGUAUGUAAGGGCGUGUACAGACUGUGGCACCGGCAGGCUGUACCGGCGCGCGGCGGUGAUAUUCAGGCAGCGCGCGCGAGCGGCAAGCGCUGAGGCGUCGCGCGCACGGCGAACGGCGCGGACGGCCCGCGCUCGAAGGGAGCCGCUGCGUCACGCGCUUCAAGCGCUGGACAAUAUCAAGCAGGAGAUAAAGGUGGUGAGGUCCCGCGCGUACACCUCCCUCGAGGAGUUGGAGAAGCGGAUACUGGAGCAGGAGCGCCGUGCCGCUGCGGUCCAGGCCGACUACCGGCGGCGGCUGGAGCGGGCCUCCAUCGAGCUGCAAUACAAGGAGGGCAUCAUAAAGAGCCUCAUCGACAAGGUGGCUGAUGCUGAAGAAGCUGGAUUGAGUCAAACUAACAGGCGUCGGUUUGAAGGCGAUUCGAAUUCUCCAUCUGCCACCACUUCUACGAAGGACACAGCGGAGAGAGAGUCCAAAGCGGGCGUUAAACUCAUCCCGAGCUCCGGUGGUUUCUAUCAAGAGAAAGAUAGAAGGGGAAAAGUGAAU